GAUACGGAUAUUCCUUGACUAUGCAGCUGAGCAUCCUUGUUUGUUGUCCUGCGAAGAUGCGGUCAGAAUCGUUCCACCUUACACUCUCAACCUUCUAUUCCUCGUUCCCUUGAAUCCACGUCAUCCCUCCCCACUUCUCUCCACUCGAUUCGAGCAACCCUGCCUGCAUGGUUCUAGGAUGCAUCCUUUCCUCGAACCGUCUCACGCCCUUCCAUCAGCCUCAGGAGGGCGAGAUUUUCCGCUGGACGAUUCCAUUACCUUCGCUUGGACUUUAGAUUAUCGCAGUAGUCCUGAAGCAGUGCAGACCCAUACGAACAGAAGCUCCAGGUAUCGCACGCACGACCAACGCGAUUGCCACCUUUUUAAUCACAAUCGCGUCCUCCCCCUGCUCCUCCUCCUACUAGCGGUGGCCUGCCCAGGCGCGCCUGCCGCGGCGUUGUCCUGUGGUUCCACGUUAGAGUGCAAGAAUGGCGGUGUGUGUGUCAGGAACCGAACCGGCGACGAUUUCUGUGACUGCCCCGACCCUCGCUCGGCUCUGGAUCCCCAAUUCUUUGUCGGCACAGAGUGCGAGGUCCCUGCAGUCAUGUGUGCGGACACAUCCACCUUCUUCUGUGGCAACGGCGCGCAGUGCGUGGAGAUAGUACAGGGGGAACAGUACACCUGCGAGGGGUGUCCACAGGGGUACGGGGGCCAGCACUGCGAGGCCCACGGCGUGCAGUGCGGUGACUCUGGGUUACUGUGCUUCAAUGGGGGGUCGUGCAGUCACAGCGGGACCAGCUGCGUGUGUCCCCGGCAGUGGUCUGGGAACGCCAACUGCACUCUCUCGCUCUAUGACGCCUACCACCAAGAAUUAUCUCCGUAUGAUUCUCAGGCAGAGGAAGAAGACCAAUCGUGGUACGUGCCUGUGCUGGGCGCGUUUGGCGCGCUGGUGAUGCUGUCCAUCCUGGGCGUGUGGAUCUACAUCUGCUACGCGCACCAGGCCAUGUCCAACUUUGUACACAUUGCCGACCAGGAGGAGGUGCGGGCAUUACAGGAUGAUGUGGAAGAGAGGGAAAUGGACGAGAUGGACUCCCAUGGGGAGGACAACAGUGACAGUGGUGGGGAGGGCGAGGGGGAGAGGAGAGAGUGGAGAGAGCGGAGAGAGGGGAGAGAGGGGAGAGAGGGGAGAGAGGGGAGAGGGAGGAGAAGAUGGCACAGGCAUUCCCGGCAGCGUGAUUAUAAUGAAGAUGGCGACGACCCAAGUGAUGGUGAUAGUGGUGAUGAUGGUGAUGAUGGCCAUGGGGGGUUCAGUGAUUACCAUGACCGUCCUGAUGGUCACUACAACGGCGAUGGAGGGAAGGGCCAGGGGGGUGAUAGGAGGAUAGAGGAGGAGAGUGAAGAGGAGGACAUUGAAGAGGGGGAGAGGGUUCCUCUUCGGUAAGAGGUGUUGUGUUGUGGUUUGUUUGUGACGUGAUGUACCGCACAUGGAUGUAUCAUGUAUAGUAGGUUCCUAUGCUUCCUUUCGUCUGUACCUCAUUUGAUUGUUCUGGUAUGUUUAAUGGUAGCCCAAAUGUACGAUGGUAAUGAUGAAUAUCAGGCUU